GAACCAUGUCGAAUAAAGUGUUGUACGCGACAAGUGUCGCCUGCUUAGGGUUUGUCUGCUUUGCAGUCGGCAGCACAGCUGUCGGGCUACCCUUAUGGGGGUACUACAGGAGCAUAAGCGGACACGGUGAAGAAAACGGAUACUUCGGACCCUGGAACGUCUGUAAAAGACUACUCUACAAUCGCGAAAAAUGUGGGCCCGAAGUGUCAAAGUUCCACCCUUCGGUGGCAGUUUGGAUUGCAGGCUUGGUUGCAGCGACGAGUGUUGUUCUUCUAGGUGUAUUCAGCAUCCUGAGUGUUCUGCAGAUAGCCCAGAUAACGUCCAAGGACAAGAUCGUAUGUCAGUAUUACGUGCUGGUCGUCCUCAAAUUAGCCAUAGUCCUGCUUUCGAAUUUAUUGACAAUUGUGGCUGCGUGUCUAUUCGCUCUACAGACAGAUGAUCGUGACAAUAAUGGAUUUGAAGUUACGAGAGGCGAGUCAUUCUACAUUCAAAUUGUGCUGAUAGUGUUAACUUUCGUGCUUUUAAUCCUGGCGAUUUACGACGUCCUAUUUUCACGCCGGAAAGGUGGUGAUCCAACAUCAGGACCUGAUUUAUCAGGCGAUAAUUCUACCACGUUUAACAAUCCAGGUUUUCGUGAUCAGAGACAUCGACCGGGCGUUUCUAUGACUGACGCCAGUGGCAAGCCGUACCACCCGCGUGACAACAACGGAAGUCUGGUGUCGAUGAACACGACAACGACGGCGGCCUCUUCCAACGGUUCGAUGCUCGAGUCUUCCAUAACGCGAUCCCCAUUGAGAUCAUCGCUCAAGAAACCCAGGGCGAGCAAUAACAAUGGCCUGGGCAUUCCAAAUCCUGGCUUCUCGGGCUCUGGUCAGUCGCCCGUCAUGGGAAGGAACGGCAGCGUCAAGAAGGUUCGCAUACAAACCCACAGCACCGAGGUUUAG